CGGCGUUCGAUCGUGAAGCGAAUUGACUGUUGCAGGCUCGGUAUGUGGCGCAUGAGUGUGCGUCUCGGGAUGUGACGGUUGUCCCUCGGAGCAGCGAUUCUGAAUUAAAACAUAUAUAUAUGCCCGGGGAACUCAGGAGAGAGAAUAUCUAAGGAGAGCGGGCACAAAACAAAGGGAGUUUACGACAGUGAAGAGUGGACGGAGACACAGGAGCCUGGCAGGAGGGACGCUCUAGCAAAUCCAACCGACACCGCACGCAGAAAUGGCGGAGCACCACGCAGCCAGCGACGGCAAGCACAAAGCGUCCACCAAUGCCGGGGGCUCGGUGCACGGGAACAGCCGACCCGGCGCCGCGGGAGGAGGAGGGGGCAAAGGAGGCCUGUCUGGCGGACUGACACAGCCAGCAGGAUGGCAGUCUUUACUCUCGUUUAGCAUUCUUUUCCUGGCCUGCCUGGCCGGAUUCAGCUCCAGACUUUUCGCGGUGAUCCGGUUCGAGAGCAUCAUCCACGAGUUUGAUCCAUGGUUCAACUACAGAUCAACGCACCAUCUCACCACAAAUGGCUUCUAUGAGUUCCUUAACUGGUUUGAUGAAAGGGCCUGGUACCCCUUGGGCAGGAUUGUUGGUGGCACAGUAUACCCCGGGUUAAUGGUGACUGCCGGCCUCAUCCACUAUGUUCUCAACCUGCUCCACAUCACGGUCCACAUCCGCGACGUGUGUGUCUUUCUGGCGCCAGUGUUCAGCGGUCUGACCGCCAUCUCCACCUUCCUUCUGACACGGGAGCUGUGGAACCAGGGUGCAGGGCUGCUGGCGGCCUGCUUCAUUGCCAUUGUCCCAGGCUAUAUCUCCCGCUCUGUCGCUGGCUCUUUCGACAACGAGGGCAUCGCCAUCUUCGCCCUGCAAUUCACCUACUACCUCUGGGUGAAAUCAGUGAAGACAGGCUCUGUAUUCUGGACCAUUGGCUGUUGUCUCUGCUAUUUCUACAUGGUGUCAGCAUGGGGAGGUUAUGUGUUUAUUAUCAACCUUAUUCCUCUGCAUGUGUUUGUGCUGCUUCUGAUGCAACGCUACAGCAGAAGAGUCUACAUCGCUUACAGCACUUUCUACAUUGUGGGUCUCGUAUUGUCGAUGCAGAUACCGUUCGUCGGCUUCCAGCCAAUCAGGACAAGCGAGCACAUGGCAGCUGCCGGUGUGUUUGCACUUCUCCAAGCCUACGCCUUCCUGCAGUACCUGAAGGACAGGCUGACCAGACAGGAGUUCCAGACACUCUUCUUCCUCGGAGUCUCGCUCGCUGCCGGCGUGGUCUUCCUCACAGUGAUCUAUCUCACAUACACAGGAUACAUUGCUCCAUGGAGUGGCCGUUUCUACUCACUUUGGGACACCGGCUAUGCUAAGAUCCACAUCCCCAUCAUAGCGUCUGUGUCGGAGCACCAGCCAACGACGUGGGUCUCAUUCUUCUUCGACCUCCACAUCCUGGUCUGCACUUUCCCAGCAGGCCUCUGGUUCUGUAUCAAGAACAUCAACGAUGAACGAGUGUUUGUGGCCCUAUAUGCCAUCAGUGCGGUCUAUUUUGCCGGCGUGAUGGUGCGUCUGAUGCUGACACUGACUCCGGUGGUGUGCAUGCUGUCUGCAGUGGCUUUCUCCAGUGUCUUUGAGCAUUACAUGGGAGACGACACAAAGAGGGAGAAACCCCCUGCUGAAGACAGCAGCGAUGAGGACGACAAGAGGAAUUCUGGGAAUCUUUAUGACAAGGCUGGCAAGGUGCGCAAACAUGUGUCAGAGCAGGAGAAGGCUGAGGAAGGCUUGGGUCCAAACAUCAAGUCCAUUGUCACCAUGCUCAUGCUGAUGCUGCUGAUGAUGUUCGCCGUCCACUGCACCUGGGUCACCAGCAACGCUUACUCCAGUCCCAGCGUGGUGCUCGCCUCGUACAACCAUGACGGGACCCGCAACAUUCUGGACGACUUCAGGGAGGCCUACUACUGGUUGAGACAGAACACAGAUGAGCAUGCACGCGUCAUGUCCUGGUGGGACUACGGCUACCAAAUAGCCGGCAUGGCCAACAGGACCACGCUGGUAGAUAAUAACACGUGGAACAACAGUCAUAUAGCACUGGUGGGGAAAGCCAUGUCAUCCAACGAGAGUGCAGCCUACAAAAUCAUGAGGUCACUGGACGUGGACUACGUGCUGAUUAUCUUCGGGGGUGUCAUUGGCUACUCAGGAGACGAUAUAAACAAGUUCCUGUGGAUGGUGAGGAUAGCGGAGGGAGAGCACCCCAAGGACAUCAGGGAGAGCGACUACUUCACCCCUCAGGGAGAGUUCAGAGUGGACAAAGCCGGUUCACCAACUCUGCUCAACUGCCUCAUGUACAAGAUGUCCUAUUAUCGAUUUGGUGAAAUGCAGCUGGACUUCCGGACGCCUCCUGGCUUCGACCGCACACGCAACGCCGAGAUCGGCAACAAGGAUAUCAAGUUCAAGCACCUGGAGGAGGCGUUCACCUCAGAGCACUGGCUGGUCAGGAUCUACAAGGUCAAGAACCUGGAUAACAGAGAGCCGCUGGACCACAAGCUUCGUAAUGUCGUGCCCAAGCAGAAGUACACCUCCAAGAAGACCGCCAAGAGGAAGCGAGGACACAUCAAGAACAAGCUUGCCCUGAGAAAAGGCAAGAAACUACAAAAAAAAUAAUGAUGAUGAUGAACUCUUCUAGGCAAACAAAUGCGAAGAAACCUUGAACAACCAGUGAAGAAGAACACAGGAGCUGUUUAUCUGGCACUUGGUCUCUUCUCAUUAGAGCGCCCCCCGUGUUGAGGAAGUUGAAGUGUCAUAUCUGGCUAGCUCCAGAACUGUUGUGCGUUUUAUCCUGAGGACUGUAUGUCUUGCUUAUUUUCUUUUAUCUUAAUUUUUUUUUUUACUUUGUACUUGAAUGUGUGGCAAGGUAUAGGGCUGCUCUACUUGGUUCGGCGUUGAUUAAUUAUUUUGUGGUACAUUUAAUUAACUGCUUUUCAGUACGGGGUUUGGGGUUGAGAGGACGUGGAGGGGAAACGAGAGAAGACUUGGAACAUUUGCACCAAAGACCCAUCGACCUUGCUCCAUGGCACAUGUGAACUCAUUACUGAGAGCGAGAAAGCGCAGGAGUGAAAGCUGAGGACUUGUUCCUGACACGUGUACAGAGGACAGUAUGCGGUAUGGAGGAACGUCACCGUCUAGGCACAGCCCAUCUGUAAUAUUAACCUUUUUAUCAUCGUCAUCUCCUUUAUGUCUGCCUGGCUCCCCAACCUUCUUUUUCAACAAAUUCUUUAGAAAAAAAAAAAUUGGCCUAAUAUGUAAAUAUAUUAUGUAAAGAAAAUGUCUAAAGGAUGAUAAUAUAUUGGAGUAUUGUGGUGAUUUUUAAAUAUGCAGUUCCUGUUUUUUCCUAAUUUCUUUGUGAUUGUUUUUUUUUUUUUUUUUUUUUUUUUGUAUGACAGCAAAUAGAUCAGUGAAUGCAAUAAUUCUUGUACAGAGGGGCUUGAGGUUUUGUUGAAAGAAUGAAUGUGAAUUUUUACAAACUCCCACCCCUAGCCCUCGUUUUUCAUAAAUUGCAUAGAUUGUAUAUUUCUGCUGCUAGGGUUUUAAAGACGGACGAAAGCAAGCAUAGGUAAAAAGUAGUGAAAAUAAAUUAGGCCUCCCUUCCUGCAGAGGGAGCUCUGUAGUUCAGUGUGCAAAGCCUAGUGCCUCAUCGCUGGUCAUAAUCGCCUCAUUAAUUUGUGACUGUCUGCUUUGUUAGUGUUUUGAUUUAUCUGAUCAUGUAUCAAUGCGGCCGGCUGGGUGCUUCGACCAGACUGAGGCUAUGGAAACUGGACAUUUUCAAUAUGUCUGGAAGGGAACUGUGAAGGGGGGUAGUUGGUACACAGGUACUCAAACUAGAAAAGACAACUGAGGUUGGGAAAGGAUGGACUAACGGCCAUCUUCAGGUUACUUUAGAGCUGUGUCCUAAUUCCAUACUGCAUAAAAGUCUAAAAAAGCAACCAUCAUUCUCAAAUAUGUCCGUAAGCAUUAGGGCUGCAACAUAAGUCUUAUUAUUACCAAAAUACUAUCAACUAAUAAACUAAUUGUUUCACCCCUAAUGUAAUUUGUUCACAUUGUAGAAUUAACAGCUAUUCUAAAUAAUGUAAGUAAGCAUUAGGGCUGCAACCAAUUAUUUUAUUAAUUUUUUUGUCUAUACAAUGUCUCAAAUUAAGUUAAAAUGUCAAUCUUCAAAUGUCUUGUUUUGUCUCACAAACUGCCGAAAACCAAAAGUAUUGAAUUUACAGAGAUAAAACAGAAGUAGCAAAUCAUCUCCCUGGAAAAAGCUGUAGCAAGCAAAUUUUUGGCAUUUUUGCUUAACAAAUGAUAAAUCUAUUAUCAAAAUAGCUGCACAUUAAAGGCGUACACCACAGGUUCUAAAGUCGGUGGACAAGCGAGAGACGGAUUCAAAAAAAUCAAUAUCAAAGCAGCAGAGGUCGAGAUGAUCCUUAACUUUUAGUCCAGUGUGAGUCGAGCUCCAAAAAUGCUGGAUCCUACAUUUCCCAUGAUGCACCUAGGGCUUGGUGAUACGGCCAAAAAUUUAAUCAUGAUAAAAAAUUUCAUACCAUUCGAUAUAGAUAAUUAUCACGAUAAAUGUCAAAUGAUUAUUUCUAUCAAGUUAAAAGCCGGAUUUUUGCUUUUUGAAGAAAUCAGAUGGUUAGUUGUGGUUUUAAACUUUUCUUUAUGGUCAGAACAUGACAAACACUUAACACCAAAUAGUGGAUCACUUAAAAAAUCUGAGGAACAUUCAAAACAAUUAAUUUUUUUUAUUAUAUGCUUGAGUAAAAUUAAGUAAAAUCUUUUUCUUUUUUUCAGUCCCUUUUUCUCAACAAAAUAUCUUAAUAGGAAAAAAUAAGUGCUAAUUUGUUCGGGAUUCAAAUGACUUAAAUCAAACAUUUAUUGACGAUAUAUUGAACGUUUGUUAUAUUGUUAUUGAGGAAAAUUAUAUUGCGAUAAUUAUUGAUUUAUUGCCCAGCCCUAGAUGCACCUAAAUAACAUCUUACAUUAGACCCCACAUGGCUUUCAAAGUCCUAACCCCCAGUUUGUAACACAAAAAAAAUCUUAAUCCCAAUUGUCCAAUCGAUGAAUCUGUUAAUUAUUUUCUUCGUUAAUGGUUUGGUCCUCAGGAUAUCACAACAUUUUGACUCGGCUGAUAUUUAGUUUAAUAUAGAAGACUAAGGAAACAAGCAAAUAUUCACAUUUGCAAUGAAAUUUGCAAGAAAAUAAAUAUUUAUUAAUAUUAAUCAAACAUUAAAAAUAGUUCAUUCAUUUUCUGUCAAUUGAUUUAUGGAUUAAUCACGUGAUUGUUUCAGCUCUAGCAUAUACUACACAGUUGGGACGCAGCUCUAAUGAGCCAUAACCUUUGACUUGUUGUCCUCUGGGCACUGCACUGUUCUUUGUGUGUCUGGGUUCUUCUUCAGCUGUCCAAACACUUAAGUUUCUGUAUAUGCAUGUAUUUUUGUUUUUCAAAUAAGUGACACAUCAAAAGACUAACACAUCAUACAGCUGUACUUGUUUUGUCACAUCUCACAAAAAGUGACUGGCUAGUUUCACCGCUUCUACACAUUUUUUUUUUUUUUAAAUUGUCUGAAUCACUUUGUUCUUUUUGCUUUGAUCUUGUUUGAAACGGUGUCACCAUUUCAGGCUUCAGACCUUCGACACAAUGCCACAUUGUUAUUCAGUUACACAAAGCCUAAAACUGUGUCAUGUCCUUGGAUUCCUCAUUUGUCAAGAGAGGGGAGAGUUCAGACUAAGCCUUAAUGUGACGUGCAAUGUGUUGCCCUUUGUUUUUAUUUUCCUUACAUUUUGUGUCACUUCGGUGUGGCGGAACGGUUCCUUCCUCUACUAAGUUUACUCAUUUCUUAGUAGCUCAGUGCCGUCUGUCCCCAACAUCAUUUUUGUUCUAAUGAAAUCCCUCCCUCACCUUCAAAGUUUACAUUUUUACAUUGUUGUUCUGUUAAGCCAUCUUUAAAUAUACACUUUAAUGAAAA